CCAAAACACUAACAAGCGGACCAACAACCACUGAACAACCUGCCGUCACAUCAUGCAGCGUGUAAUAUCGAUUCAACAAAUUCCGGGCAUCUCUAACGGCAACUAAGAGACGAUCAACGAUUCGAUUCAUUGCCUCGCCAUGCUUCCGCUCGUUUUGAGAAACGUAGCAAUGUUCGUUUCGUUUUAACCUGGUAUUUCGGUUAAGAUAUCAAGCGAUCCGUCAAGUUCGCGCGCUCGGGUUACAACGUUUUUUCCAACCUCGUCGUCCUCUGGUUUACAUCACCGUCAUCGAUUCUAAGAUGGUGAAUAAAAAUCAGCAAGUUCAAUCGAAAAUCCGUACGUUCUACUACCUGGAGCCCGGGCAAAAGCUGAGUAGCACGAAGAUCUCCGAGAGAAAGCUGAUGCUUAUCGCACCCCGGAGCGAGUACCAGAGGCUCGUCGACUACACGAAUCAAUCGGAAAGAAUGACGGUCGUUGCUGAAAAGGAGAGAGCUAAGCUGGCCGCAAUUAGGAAGGCAACCUACGAAAUGUCGAAGCAUUGGGACAACACAAACGAGAACGUGAAGAGGCGCAGGAGGGCCGAGCUCCUGGCCAAAAGAAAACAGGAAGACGAAAUUCGCGAGCGAUUCGCGAAGGAAAUUGCCGAGCAAAACGCGGCGGAGAGGGAAAAAGUUGUGAAAGAAGCGAGGCGGUUGUUGCUGUAUAAAAAGCCUCUGUGCAGGCUGCUUAACGGGGCUCUUCUCACUUCCGAGUGUUUCAGGGAACGAGACGCCCAACUCGCGUUUGAGAAAACUCUUCGAGGUGUCGACGAGGAGCAGGAAAAAGAGUACGCGAAAAUCCUGAAACAGGAAGCCGAGGACUUCGAGGAAGCGGAGCGUCGGAAGGCCGCCGAAAGGGAGAAGAAAAACAGAGCUUACGGAGAAGAGCUUAAGAAGCAAAUCGACGAUGACAGGAAUAAUUUGAAACGGGCUGAUAGAGAGGAAUACUUAAUGGGAAGACAAGAUCUGAUCAAUAUGGCACGAGAGAUAAGAGAAAUAAAAGAAUGCGAGGAUGAACAGAAGCUGAAUCGCAAGAACGAGCUAAAGAAGUUAGUGACGGACGCCAUUAGAGAGAAGGAACAAUUCGAAAUUGAGUCGAAGCGUGAGAAAGAAUUUUGCGACCGAGCCAUCGAGAUAUUCGAGAGAUCAAAAAGGCGGAUUGCCCAGAUUAGGAAAAUCAAGGCGCAGGAGGAGUUGCAGGCCAAAAUGCGCCACGCUGAAUAUUUGGGUGAGCUUUGUUCGGAACGAAAAAAGUUCGCCGCUGCAACGUCGAAAAAACGGUUGGACAACGAAGAUGAGCUGACGCGUCAAGCCCGGGAAGAGAUCGAAGCGAAAGAAUUGGCAAUGAUUGAGGCUAAGAAGCAACGAGCACUGGAGUUGAAAAUGGAGUGCAUAAAACUCGGCGAGGAAGCCGCGAAUGAAAAGCGAAGACGAGAUUACGAGACGAAGGAGCUCAACAAUUGGGAGACACUGCAGAGACUGAAGAGGGACGAAUUUAACAAAGAGUUUGAAAUUAAUGAACGCAAACGAGAGUGGGAACAGAAAAUGACGAAUGCUAGAGACCUGCGACAGCAGAUGUCCGAGAACGAGGAGAAACGAAACCGUGAGAAGCGAUACGAGAACGACGAAAAUUCGGCAGUGGCAAUUAUCGAAAAAACUAAUAAAAAAGUAUUGGAAUACGGUCAGCAAAUCCUGAACGAAUCCAAAGGCGUUAGACCGCUGUAUCCUAUACUAAAAACAAUCGAGAAAUUCAAGAUAGAAAACGGACUGGUACCAAGGAAAACUUGCGACGAAAAUAACGUUUUGGCACCGGCCAGAAAACCAAGGAAACGUACGCCCGUUUGCUCUGCUCCAGUGCCGGAACACGAAGUUGUUUACAUAUGAAUUUUCGGCUCUGUAUAA